AUGCCACGAAAUCUUUCAAUCCUAGAUAAAUAUCCAAAAUACAAAGAGGAUUUUUAUCAAAUUGAAGGAAAAAUUUAUUGUUCAUAUUGCACAUGUCUUGUUGAUCAUAAAAAAAAACAUAAUUUAGAUGCGCACUUAAAAACUAAUAAACAUGAAAGAAAAAAAAAAUUGCCAAAAUCGGUCAAGAUUUGCCUGAACAAGAAAACUUA